CGGCGCUCCCCGGGUCUCCCACUCCCCAAGCUGCCCUUGGCCUUUCUCAUUUUAUCUAUCUUGGAGGUGCUGGGAAAGCUGAGGAGAAUCAGACCAGCUCCAGGUUCCCUCUCCCCAGCGUCCCCCAUGUCCCCUGGCACCAGCACGAGAGGAAAUGGCCACAUGGUCCAGAGAGCCCCGCUCCCACCCCUGCUGCUCCUGUCACUGUUGAUCCCAGGCUCGUGGGCUGUACCAGAGGCACAGCCACUUCACCGAGUGGCGGGGCAGACGCUUUCUGUGAGAUGCCAGUACCCCCCCCAAGGGCUGGCCUACGAGAGGAAGAGCUGGUGUAAGGAGCUAUCGGUGUUCAAGUGCACCAGGUUAGUCACCAGCUCCGGUCCCCGCAGGCUGGCUCAAGCCUCUCGAUUCUCAAUCUGGGACAACCCUAGCACCGGCCUCUUCAUUGUCACCAUGACUGGGCUGAAGGAGGAAGAUUCAGGACACUACUGGUGUAGAAUUUACCAUGCUUCCGGCAACUCUGUCUCUAAGUCCAUAAGGUUCUAUCUGACGGUGUCUCCAGCUUCCGCCUCCACGCAGGCCACCCGGGCUUCCCGUGACCUGAUGGCAUCACAGACCCAGAGCUGUGUGUCCUCCACUGGAAGAGCCAGAGAGGCCCCCAGGGCUUCCUCUGCCAUCACUGCCCCUUCACAAGCUGCCACCCCAACCGGCUCCCCUCCCCUCUGUUUUCUGUUCUCCAGGCAACAAAACUGCACCCUCCACUGUCACCCUGCAACCCCCAGCACUCUGGUCUCCGUGCUCUGUGGACUCCUUCUGGCCAAGAACGUGGUGUUGUCAGCCCUGCUUGUCUGGUGGGCCUUAAGGAGUCGACAUGCGCAACACAGAAGGAGGUCUCUGAUGCACCCAGCUCGGUCCAGACUCCAAGCCUCAGGGCCCAAGAAGGAUGGCCAGUAUCCCCCAGGCUCCCCAGGGGCGCCUCCCUGACCUCUGAACCCUUCGCUCCUUGCAAAGAAAAGGCGGAAGUCCCCCAGAACUUGAUCCAACACCCUUGGCUACACCCCUCACUCCAGUGUUGAGGAUUUCUCAGCCUGGCCUCCUCCCAAGGUCCAGGCCCACGGCUUGCUCACACACAGCUGGCAUCUGGUCCAGCACCAUCCAGGGAUGGGAGCCGAAGACAGUGCAGUGGCUGUCCACCAAACUGGAGCCACCACAGCGGGCCACUCUGACUCUUCCCCCCACGAUCUUCUCCCCUAGCCCUCCC